GGCUACGAGGGCAAGUGCGUGUUCUGCAGGAUCGCCCGCCGCGAGGAGCCGCGCACCGCGCUGCUGCCCUGCCAGUAUGAAGACCUGGUUUGCUUCAGAGAUAUCAAACCUGAUGCACCCCACCACUACCUGGUGGUGCCUGUGGAGCACGUGAGAAACUGCAAGACGCUGAAGAAAGAACACAUACCUUUAGUGAAGAAAAUGAUGGAAGUUGGAAAAAAUGUCCUCCAACAUAAUAAUUUUAGUGACAUGAAUGAUGUAAGAAUGGGCUUUCACUGGCCUCCAUUCUGCUCGAUAGCCCACUUGCAUCUUCACGUCUUGGCUCCAGCCAGUCAGCUAGGAUUCUUAGGCAGACUGCUUUACAGAGUCAAUUCUUACUGGUUUAUCACGGCUGAACAACUGAUUGAGCGAUUGCAAACCGAAAAUGACUCCAGCUGA